AUGGCUCCGGCACUCCAGAUCUCAAUACCCACCACAUCUAUCACGACACCCGCAGACGGAAAACCCUAUACGCAAUACCACAUCGCCCUGCAACUACCGCUCCGAAAACACGAGAUCAAGAAGCGAUACAAUGACUUCCUCACUCUCAACGACGAGCUUACAUCACACACCGGCAAAGCGCCUCCCGCGCCGCUACCUGCGAAGUCCUGGCUCCGACGAACUGUAAAUAGCGAGGCCCUGACAGAAGAACGACGGCAGGGCUUAGAGAAAUACAUCAAAGCAAUUUUGGAAUCUUCGGAUGCGCGAUGGCGAAGUAGUAGUGUCUGGAGAUCGUUCCUCAACCUACCGAGUGGCAGCAUCACCACGACUACCACGAAUGGCAGCACGUCACAACGACCUGGGAGCGCUGGAGUAGCCGUCACAGAUCCCAACCAGUGGCUGGAUGUGCAUCGCGACCUGAAAUCAUACAUUCAAGCUGCACGCUCCCAACUCAAGCAGCGCGAGGCCGCCACAACCGCUCAGGCCCAGCACUCAUUAUCAGCAGAAGCAAAAGCGAGUCUGGUCCGAGCUGCCACCAACAUAGCCCAGCUAGAAGAUGGAUUGAAAGCCAUAUCUGCCGCAUCAAAAGGUGAUGACGCGGGCUGGGGUGGAGCCAAGAAGCUCGGCGAAGGAGAGAUCAGACGAAGGAAAGAUCUGAUAGGAGCUGCAAAGAAAGAGGUGGAGGGUUUAGAAGGUGUUCUGAAGAGCAUGGCGGCGCAAACUGCCAAAGCCACAGCUUCUGUUAUGAAUUCCUCUGCUGCGGCGACCAGUGAGCAAAAGUCAGAGCUUUGGAAAGGCACAAGCGCGGGCGCAAAACCUUCUGGAAGAGUUCUCGGGGGUCCUCUCAAGGAGACUGAAAGGACCAGAGAAUUGGAUAAUUCGGGUGUAUUACAGUUACAGAAACAGGUCAUGCAGGAACAGGAUGAGGAUGUGCUAGCACUUGGAAAGACUGUGGCUCGACUGAAAGACAUGGGCAUCAUGAUUAACGAGGAGUUGGAAGUUCAGAAUGAGAUGCUGGGACUGGUGGACCAGGACGUCGAUCGCGUGCAAGGGAAGAUCGACGUGGCGAGGAGGAGAAUCAAGAAGAUCUCUUGA